AGACAGAUAGACAGAAUGGGAAAAGGAAAAGGAGCACAAACAAAGACGACUCGCGAGAAGUACCCAUCAAAGAGUGGCGUGCCACCUCUGGCGGGCGCCGGCCCACUCGAGGACUUUGACACAAAGGACGAGCAUAUCCGCGUGGAAGCCGUCCAGCAGCACUGGACACGUCGCAAGCUCAUCUCGCAGAAGUACCCCGAGGUGCUCAACUUCCCCACAUUCUACACGCCCACCGCCUUCUGGGUGGUGUCGCUGGUCGCCUCGAUGGUCAUCACCGCCAAGCUCCUUGAGAACUCCUCCUUCCUGACCGUGCUGGUCGCCGCCUACAUCUUUGGCGCCACCGUCUCACACGCCCUCUGGGUAUUAAUUCAUGAGCUCACUCAUGACCUUGUAUUCCAAGAGUCCUCCAUGAACUCACUCUUCCUCCUCAUUGCCGAUCUCCCUCACAUCCUCCCAGCCGGUAUCAGUUUCCGUCACUUCCACAGACUGCAUCAUUCAUUCUUGAACGAGACAUACACUGAUCCAGAUGUACCAACACCAAUUGAAAACUCAUUGUUGGGUCACACUGUUGUUGGCAAGAUCAUCUGGUUCUCAUUCUACUCGAUUGUUAUUGCCCUGCGCUCAUUCUUGUAUCCAUUGAAGGAUCAAUCACCAUUCGGCAUGUGGAUGGUGCUCAACUACAUUGCCAACUUCAGCUUCACCUACGUGAUGUCCAAGUGGGUGGGUACCAUGGGCAUGGUCUACCUGGUGCUGUCGUCGCUCAUGUCCGUCGGCUUCCUGCUGCACCCAUUGGGCGCACGCUGGAUCGCCGAGCACUUUGCCGUCACGCAGUCUGAGCAGGAGACUUACUCCACGUACGGCCUCGUCAACACACUGGGCUUCAACAUUGGCUACCAUAACGAGCAUCACGACUUUGUCCGCGUGCCCUGGGUCUUCCUGCCACGUCUGACCGCCAUCGCCGAGGAGUACUACACCAAGGGAUUGCGCUAUCACACCUCCUACUGGCGUGUCCUCUACGAGUUCCUCACCAGAGACGAGUUCACAUUGGACAGCAGAGUGACCAGAGCAUCAAAGGGUCAGAAGAGC